AUGAGUCCUGAGAAGGGUAUUUGGGUCAACAAGCCAGUGAUGCUGGGCCCUGCCUUGACAUUCAUAGUGAUAAAGCCUGCCAAUGUCUUGCAAAAGAAUGUCGAUGUUGAAGCAUUUUUGGGGCAUGGGAAUCAAUGGCUCUAUGGUGUCGUUGGAGCAAACAAGAAGGACUGCUCAUAUGUGUGUCCAGCCUGUCGGAGCUUAUACAGAACACCUCAGGAUCUGUACCAGCAUUUCAAUGAGCCUAAUAAUCAUAAUGAGGGAUACUCUGGUUAUGAUUGCGAUCACUAUGCUUUGGCAUUUUAUCAGUCUCCGGCGGAUUGGGAUCGCUUCAUUCCGACAAUGCGACGGCUCCUCAAAUUGAACGUUCCAGAGGAUAGAAUCCCCCGCGAUGGCUCAUGCUUCAAGCUUGAGUGGUUGAUUGAGCACACGUUCCAGGGUGGUAGGUAA